UCUGGGGUGUAUGAUCUCCUCCCUGUGCAUUAUUUUCUUUCUGAGACACUGGAAUCCAUUCUGGUCCAUCCCUGCAGCAGCCAGUGCCAGGGAUCCCAGGGAUCCAUUUCUACAGCAGCUGGUGCUAGUGCUCCUGGUAUUACAUUGUUUUAUUUUUGUUUUUGCAGGACCAAAAUGUCUCCUGAGGGUGGAGCACUCACGGGAGUGGAGCCUUCAAGCUGCCUUCACAUGAUGAAUCUUGCUAAGCUGCCCUUUAGACUGAUUUAUUGCUUUACCGCUGCCUAUAAAAGUGGCUCCCACGUGUUAGCAGCACUGACAGACGGAAGGCAGAAGCGCAGAGGGCAGUUGUCCCCCGCGCAGCUCAGUCCCACAGACCUGCAGGGACAGGGAGCAGUAGGAAUGGGUCGCUACUCGGGCAGGAGCAGCAGGCUCAUCUUCAUGUGCUUUGUGAGCCUGGUCCUUUUUGCUGUUGAGAUCUCGGUAGCGUACGUUGGCAAUUCUCUUUCCUUAGCUUCAGAUGCCUUUGCAGUUCUCUCCCACCUCAUCUCCAUGAUCAUCGGCUUGGUUGGGGUGAGGUUCAGCCGCGUCAGAUGGCACAAGGCAAACACUUUCGGCUUCUCCCGGGCAGAUGUGCUGGGAGCCUUCGGCAACUCUGUUUUUGCUGUCGCUCUCAUGUUCAGCAUCUUCAUCGAGGCAAUCAAGAGGUACAUCAAUCCUCAGAAGACAGAGAAAGCUCUGCUUGUCCUCAUUGUCGGGAUUGCAGGUCUAUUCUUCAAUGUGUUCAACUAUGUUAUCUUCAUGGACUGCUGUUACUGUCGUGCACCCCAAGGAGACCCUGAAACAGGUAAAUAAUCUAAUACAGUCACUAUGCAUCUCAGCAUGCUGUUUCCAGUUAAUGACUUUUCUAGAGACUAUUGACUGUUUUUUCUGAGAUGGACAAGUAAAAUGUCACAGUUUUUUUUCUAUUUUAUUAGCAAGGGUAAUGGAUGCAAUACCUGAACCUGUAUGUGCUUCCCACUUAUUCUGUAAGGCAGCUAUUACUACAUGUGCUUCUCAGUAAAUAAUGUGUAAGUUGUGUUCACUUUAGAAAGCAACUCUAGACACAACUUACACAUUAUUUACUUGUAAGAGAAAUUUUCUCCCCAAUCCUCUGGCAGGCAAAACGUGGGACAAGGUAUAGUACAGAUGUGCUAUGACCAUAAGGAGAUUCUUACUAGGAAAAACAUAUUCCUGAAAUACCAGUUGUCCAUAAUCAAUAACUCUCAAUGACUGAGUAAUUCUGCUGUAACUUUUGUCCAGGACCUGAUAAUCUUUUGCAAAGAAUUCACAGUUUGUACAAGACGAAAGAAUAGGUCAAGACAAAGGGGGGAUCUCAGCCUUCUUUGAGUUGGGACUAAACAGUUGAAAAAGGCUGUUCUGAGAAUAUUUGAACAAUAAAAAACUUGUGAAUUCUUUGCUGCUGUUCAUUAGCAUGAGCUUUAGAGGGAGGCAGAGGAGAACCCAGGGUACUUUGCUACCUAAAUACUUUGUCCACAUGCCUGCAAAAUUUCAGACUGCAAACAGCCCAUUGUCUUCUGUAAAAAAAUUGCAGGAGGUUCUGUUAAGCUCAUGGAGGUGUAGCCUUUCAAUUUGUUUUCCUCAGCACAGGUUUUUCAAAUUUCAAAUCUCAGCACAGGAACUCCACAUCCAAAGAGAUGAGGACCCUUUAUUUUAUUUCUGCAGAAAAUGUCUCACUUUAUUUCACAUAAGAUAGAUGCGUGUGUACACUCUUUCUCUGUACGUGUGUAUAUAUCUACACACAUAAAACCAUAUUUCUUAAAAAGAUAAAUAUUUGAGUUGGGAUAGGAACCAGGUAUUUGCAAAACAUUAACUGGACAUCCUGGUGGAAUAGCUGAGAGACCUGUCUAACAGCAGCUGCUUUUAUACACUGCUUUAUGCGAGGUUCAGCUUUAAGGCUGGAUAGGGCUUUGGAGGUUCUUGUUCUCCCAUGCUGGAAGAUGAUGUUUGUUAGUUUACAUUUAAGUGUUUAAUAUAUUUCCUAUAGGGCUUAAUGUGGAAAAUAUUUCUAUUCAUUAAAGCUACCUCCAAACAAUAUUAAGGGUUUAACUUUACUGGUGUCUUAUGCCAAAGCCACAUGUGCAGCUUUUGUCUGUCUGUUUUUUCAGAUGCCCAAUUCUUUAAAAUUAGAGCUGCUCUCAGACAAAAGCAGUGGCAGGAUGUAAUUAUGUAAUUAGCGGGGGGUGGGGGGAAUGGGGGUUAAUGGUCUUUUACCGUUGGGACUGUCACAAAUUCCUCGCAAAGUCAUGAUCUCUGUUUGUGAUGGCUUCAUGGAAGAAAACCUGUUUCAUGCUAGCAGAAAGUUGUUCCUCUGGGUGCAGUCAGGGAGGAGAAACACACCAGCACUUAAAGCCAAAAAUGGAGAGUGUCAGGCAACUAGGAAAUUAACCAAAGUUAAUGCAGUUGUGUAGGUAAAUGCUUUUCUCGCUGAACUUUGAGGAUGCUGCUUCUAACGGCUCACUUGGACAGCACAGCCAUAGACAUAUGUCCAGAUUUUGCUCUGAGAAAUACCUGGCAGCUCCAUUUUGCUUUCAGUUGUAUAAGCCAUGGAUGAAUGUUUUGCUGUGCUAUAAACACAAUGUGUAGAUUUGUCUGGGGUUUUGUCUUUGUUUCUGGUAAGGUAGAUCUUCUCUGCAUGUGGUAAUGGCAAAACAAUACCAUUUAAUACUGUAGAGAGAAUGCUCCUUUUUUUGGACUUGAUUUUAUAAUCCUCACUUUAAGUAAAAUUUCACAUUUAUUUCCUCUAA